AUCAGAAUUAACAGUAAAUGUAUUUAUCCAUUAAGAACAAGUAUUUUUAUUAGCAUUCGCUCAUGUGUUUUGUUAACAACUUAAUUCAUCUGCAGAAUACAGUAUAAAGAUAAUUCCAGUCAUUAUAAUUGGUAUCAUUAAAAUCUGUUAUUGAAUGAAUAUACCAUGUCUUUAAAAGAUAACUAGACCUGAUAUUGUAUAUUCAUCCCUCAAAGUAGUAUAAUUAUUAAGACUAAAUACAGUUAUUGCUGUACCAUAUUUACUGUAUAUUCUACUGCUAAAACAUACUGCAUAAUCCUAAUUUGAACUACAUUUAAACAAACAAUUACUACAAUUACUAUCAGUAGAAUCAGUAAAAUCAGAUUCAUAAUUUUUUAAAAUUCUUUAUAUACAUACAUCAUUAGUAGAAUCAACUGUACAAAGAAGAGAUCGAUUUGUACAUUUAUUAUGA